UAACCCUUUACUGUAAAUUUACAGCGAAUUUCUUACAGAAUUGUACUGUAUUUCCAUAAUACAGUAUAAGGCUGUAUAAUUUACAGAGCAGCUGUAAACAUACAGCACAUUUCUGUUUUCCUCCCGAUAAAUUCGUAAUACAGUAUCAGACUGUAAAUGCAUUGCAUUGUGGGAUUGAUUUUAUUCGCGCUCAAAUUCAGAUGAGACAUGACGCCAACUGAUGUGCCAACUGUGCGAGUUUUUGUGAAUUUGUAAUUAAGCUUUUUGUUUCGUGUGAGCUUCGUUUCUUGUGAGCUUUUGUGUGCGUCUUUCAAAUAUUGCCUGUGACGCAGCAGAAACGGUUAAGGUCACAUGAAGUUCAUGAAGACGGGAGGAAGCGUCGGUCAUGCAUCUGUGAGCAAAAGUGGAUUUUAGAGCUUGAGAAGACUGUUCAAUUGACUGAUACGGUAAGCCAAUCUAUUUUUAUUUAUUUAUUACGUUCGGUUUUCUACAUUAAGUUACACGAAUAGUUUGAUUUUGCGAACGUGGUUUUCUAACGCGAAAAAAACACUCCUUCUUUACCAAGUAAGUUAACUUAACUUCGACAUUUCACACAGCCAGCAUACCAUUUCAUUUGCAUGACCUGCUUAUAUAAUUUAUAUAAAAUAAUAAUCGCGAAAAUAAAAAUCACUCGUUCCACCGAGUGAUUUACCAUGUCAUUUAUAUUAUCUCCUUUUUUUUCGUUUCAGGUUUAAUAAUCUGAUGAAAAAUCCAGUGCUAAAGUAAAUGGUUUAGUAGUGUCUAGUCCACGUGCAAAAAUGCCAUGGUGUCAGUUCUGCGAUUGUACUUUUGAAUCGUUGUCAGCAUUUUGCCAGCACAUGAAAAUCCAUAGUCAUGUUCCAAAUAACGUUUUCAAAUGUGGUAUUCCGGAUUGCUCCAGAACAUUUAAAAAGUUCACUGCUUUCAAAGCUCACAUAUUUAGGGAUCACAAAGACAGGCCCUCAAAGUCAUCUGUUGAGCAGUUAGGAAUUGAUGCCUUAGUGUGUGAUAUUGGAACAUGUCAAGAAAAGUGCAGUGAUUUGAAAAACUUUGUUUUACACUUGAAAAAUCAUAUCAAAGAAGGCACCAGAGUGCCAUGUCCAUUUACAUGCAAUAAACAAUUUUCUGUAGCGUCUACAUUGACUUCACAUUUAUCCAGAAAACAUCGAAACUCUUCAGCAGAAAGUUUGCGUCAUAGUAUACUGCAGUCAAAUGUUUCAGUACAGAUGCCGCAUGGUGAGGCAUCUAACAUGGCCGAACUCUCACAUCCACAGUCUGAAUUGUUUGAUUGUGGUGAUGGCAUAGAGCAGUUGGAGAAUGUACUUUUGCCAGAUAAUGCAGAUGAAUCUCUUUUUUUGAAAAACAUGGCUCUGUUUUAUCUCAAGUUACAGGCAAAGCAUAUUCUCCCAUCAUCUGUGAUUCAGUCGGUAAUUGAGGGGAUGCAAGACAUCCAUGAUAUUAGCCAGUCUCAUUUGCUACUCAAGCUAGGGGAAAAAUUGAUUGCACUUGGUAUUUCUGAAAAUGAUAUAAAGAGUGUUUUGGAUGUCUUGCAAACUGAUGAUCUUUUUCGGAGGUCUAUUAUUAAUACACUUAGCACUGAUAAGAGAAGAAAGUCUUUUUAUAAAGACAAUUUUAAGUUUGUGGAUCCUGUCCCAGUCUGUCUUGGUCAAAAUGAAUCUGGCAAGGAAAGCUUUGCUCAAUACAUUCCUAUUAAGAAAAGCUUAGAAGCACUGUUCUGCUGUAAAUCAGUGAUAGAACAACAUAAUAAUUCACGAUCUGAAGUCAGAGCCAAAGAUAUCCUCUCUGAUGUAUGGGAUGGCAACAAUAUUGAUGAAAAUAUGCUGUUCAAAACUGAUAAAGAUUCAUUAGCUUUAAUCUUGUAUGAAGAUGCUUUUGAAGUUGCCAAUCCACUUGGUUCUGGUAAGAAAAAGCACAAAAUUCUUGCCGUUUACAUGACACUUGCAAACCUGCUGCCUCACUGUAGGUCAGGCAUUGACCCUAUGCAGCUAGUUCUGCUGUGUAGGGAACAAGAUUUUAGAUUUUUUGGACAAGAUUUGGUCUUUGCAACUCUGGUAAAAGACCUUAAAGACCUGGAGGAAAAUGGUGUUGAGUUAGCGGAUGGAAAGGUGCACAAAGGUACAUUGUGUGCCAUAGCUGGCGAUAACCUUGGAUCACAUUACAUUGGUGGCUUUGUUGAGAAUUUCAGUAAAAGUAAAAAUUUUUGCAGAUACUGUGAAAUUGACCGCCAAACAUUUAACUCAGCUCCCCUAACAAAGGCAUUAACAAGAACUGUGGAGUCGUAUGAGCAAAAUCUUAAGGAUUUGGAUGCUGAUCAAACUGAAAUUGCAAUUGGUGUCAAAUGUAAUUCUCCCUUUAAUGACCUGAAAUAUUUUCACGUUUGCCAGCCAGGAUUGCCUCCCUGUCUUGGACACGAUCUUUUUGAAGGUGUUGUGUCAUUUGACCUUGCUUUGUAUAUCGAUCAUCUUGUGAAUCAGGAGAAACAGUUCACAUACACUGAACUAAAUCAUCGUAUUAACCAGUUUAAGUAUCUUGGGAAUGAUGCGCGUGAUAAACCAGUUGAGAUGACUCCUGGUACUGGGAAAUUAAGUGGACAUGCAGUUCAGAAUUGGUGCUUUCUCCGGCUUUUACCUCUUUUGGUUGGGGAAAAGAUUGUCAGUCCAACUGAAAAUGAGGUAUGGCAGUUAGUACUCCAACUCAGACAGAUAGCAGAGCUCAUCUGUGCUCCUUCCAUUAAUAUUGGUCAGAUUGCAUAUUUAUCAGUGCUAAUAGAGGAGUAUAUUGAGACUCGAAAGGUGGUUUUUCCAAAUCAUCCCCUUAAGCCAAAGCACCACUACCUGUGUCAUUAUCCUGAGCUCACUGGUCGUUUUGGUCCACUUAUUCGCCUCUGGACACUACGCUUUGAAAGUAAGCACUCAUACUUUAAACAGUGUGCGAGAAAAUUGCACAACUUCAAGAAUUUGAGUGCUACAUUGGCAGAAAGACAUCAACUUCUUCAGGCUUACCUACAUGCUGGAAGCCCUUUCCCUGAAAAUGUUGUGGCAGAGAGGGGAAUAGAGUUUCAUGUUAAUGACUACAAUGAUGACAUUCAAGGAUCUGUUGCUGGUCUUAACUUUCAGCCAGGGAAUACAGUAGCAUGUAAUGGAGUGACCGUAAAGGGAACACUUUAUAAAAAAACAUGCAUGUUGUUUUGCAGAAGAAUGAUGAGGGAAUUGUGUUUGGGAACAUUCAUUUAAUUAUUGUACAUGACAAUUGCGAUGUGUAUUUUGUCACAAAGAAAAGUCAGUCUUUUUGUCUUAUAGACCAGGGAGUUCAUUGCUUGAAACCACAAGAUCAAGGCUACCUAUGCAUAAAUCAAGACAGUCUACUGGAUUACUAUCCUCUGCCUGAGUAUUCAUUGUGUGGCUUGUCAGUAAUUGUUCUCCAUCAUUCCUUCCCAAUUUUAGAAUAAUGUCUGGAAUGAAAGAAGUCCUGAAAGAUGCUGUACUGUUGGUGUUGCCAAGCCUAUCUCCAGAUGUAACCAACCAGCUUGUUGAGAAGCUCAUGGACCAAGGUGUUGAAGGCUUGGAUGAUUUGGUUUAUGUAAAAGAAGAUGACAUUUUGGAGUUUAUAAGACCUAUCCAAUGCAGAAAACUUCUUAGUUCAUGGAAAAAUCAAGAACAUCAGAACUGCACAGUCGUACUGCCACCUGCUGAGGUUCUCCCCUCGGUUCCCCCG